UUGUGAAACAUGCAAAAUCGAUAACCGAAACGCGUUGGAAAGUGAAAACGUCAUAUGAUCACUGGGUGCAAAAGUUUGGGCAGCAAAAAUGGCACGGACGAUUUUCCUCCUAUUUUCGCUGUUUGUCGCAGUGCACUGUGACCAGCUGUCGGUUCUAUUUUCGCCCAAGGCCCUCGAGUUCCGUGGGCAUGCCCGGCUAGACGUUGAUUCGCUUCCGGAUGUUUUCGGUGCCUCGCUUGGAUACUCCGUGGCCAAGCCGACCGAGUGGGACGGACUGACCGUACGGGAUCCGUUCAACCUGGCCAACGGUGUGGUCGUUGUGGUGGCCGAGGGAAUCGAUUCGCUCAAGCUGGAGAAUGCUCACUCGUACGAACUGUACGGUGGAUCCGGAUCGGAGUCCGUAAGCGAGCUGAUGCACAAGACGGCCGACCAUAACGGAAUCAGCUUCGAGAUUGACCUGAAGGAAUCGUCGGACAGUUUCAGCACCCCGCUGGGCAACGUCCAGCCGGAUGAUGACGAGGUCCAGCCCCAGUAUCUGAAGGCCAAGUCGAACAAGGCGGACGCGGACUUUUUGCGCCAGCUUGCCUUCAUCAACGGACUGAGCGAUCUGCUUGUGACGUCCACCGAUGAGAACAUACCGGCCGUUCACAUUGUGCGAGUUUCCCUCGAGGCUCUGCUGGCUGCCCACGAGCCCUCAUCGCCGGCCGUUGCCGAAGCCAAGAAGCUGCUGACCACCGCCCUGCUGGAACUGCAAACAGCUGCCGAGAAGGCGUUUGAUGGUGCCGUCGUCGUCGGUUUGGUCACCUCUACCGAGGCUCCGCUGGUGCGCUCCAAGCGACAGGCCGAGAAACCCAAGCAGGGAGAAACUCAAGAUUUCAACAUCGCCAAGAAGUACGACUCGAACUACCCGGUCAUCUUCAACAUCAUUCUGUGGUUCAGCGUUGUGCUGGUGUUCUCGCUGUUGGCCAUCUCGAUCGCCAUCGCCACCAUGGACCCCGGCCGGGACUCGAUCAUCUACCGAAUGACGUCCACCCGGAUGAAGAAGGACAACUAAGGUGGGUCAGAAGGACCUACAACAGCACAACACACACACAGACAGCUUUCCCCAACAUCUUCAUCUGCUUGCUGUAGAAUGUGAACGCGAAUUACGAAAGAGUAUUACAAAACAAGAUCCAAAUUAGUAAGCAAACAGUGGUACAGGAUUAAACAGUAAACAUCCAAGUUGUGUAGUAGUUGUUCUUUGGCAGACUUCUCUUCUUUCGUUCCGGCGGCAAGGUAAUUCGCUGCUGUUGCCAUCGUUGUGUUGCGUUCGUAACAAAACAGUUUAACUGCUGUACCAAAAACAGUCCUGUAUAGCACGAUAAAUUAUUGAAAGGAUUAUCACACACAAGAUAUCACUUAACUCACAAAGCAAAUCCAUACAAAGAGUAGGAAACAUUACCGUAUUCGUAAACAAAUGGUUUUUCGUUGUUGUUACAAUUUUGAGUUUUUAUUCGGAAGCGAUUAAAGUAAAAAUAAAGUAUAAAUAUAAAAGGGAAACAUUCCACUCCCGCGUCACAAAACGUUAA